GAAGAAGUGAAACUACACAACAGUGGGACUCAAACAGACGUAACAGUUCAUCUGAUAAGCAACAUCUGAGAUUCUGUAGCCAUGGACUGGGUGAACCACUCCAGGGAGAACUCUUCUACUCCUGCCUCCUUGUUAUGUCAGUCCCUCUCCGACUCAUCCUCAUUCCCUUCCAUCAGUUGCAACACCUCUAGCCCCUUCUUCCCAACAUCCCUGUUUUCAGCCCCUUCUUUCUCUGGCCUUGACCUCCUGUUUAACCUGAAGCUCCUCUUCCUCCCUCUCUACUUUGCUGUGGUCCUGAUCGCCUGCUCCGGAAACCUCCUCCUGCUCUUUCUCAUCUGGCACAACAAGAAACGACACAACACCACAAACUUCCUCAUCAGCAACCUGGCACUUGUCGACCUGGUCAUGUGCAUCUUCUGCGUCCCGCUGACAGCAUCCUAUGCUUUUGACAAGCGUGGCUGGGUAUUUGGACCGUGCAUGUGCCACUUUGUUACUGUCAUGCAGUCUGCAGCUGUCUACGCAGCGGUCCUAUCCCUCAUGGCCAUUGCAGUGGAUCGUUACUUUGUUGUGGCUUACCCUAUUCGCAAAAGAGGGGGCUGCCGGUUUUGCUGGGGUCUGGUGCUCCUGAUCUGGCUGUGCUCUCUGGCUUUAUCCACACCUACAGCGCUGCACACUUUCUACCUGGACCUGAGGGCCGCAGGCCUGCAGAUGGCCGUGUGUGAGGAGUUUUGGGAUGGCCAGGAGCAAGGUCGCCUCAUUUACUCCUGUUUCAUCCUGUUCUUCUCCUACUUUGUUCCACUAGCUGCAGUCUCCAUUUCCUACUGUGCUAUAUCCUAUCACCUGAAGCACAGGACCAUGUCAGGCUUGGCACCAUGUCCAGAGCUGAGAUCUGUGCGGGCUGCCUGGGGUAGACGUAGGAGGAAGACCUUUUGGCUGCUGCUGGUGUCCGUCCUUUGUUUUGCCUUCUCCUGGCUCCCCUUACAGGUGGUGAAUUUGAUCCAUGACCUGGACACAGACUUCUCCAUCUUGGGGAAGAAGUACAUAAAUGUCAUCCAAGUGUCAAGUCACCUGUUUGCAAUGAGCUCUGCCUGCUACAACCCUUUUAUUUACGCCUCAUUACACAACAAACUGCUGUCCUGCUUGUGCCACCUCAUCCUGCCCUGGAGGAGAGGAAAAGGAAAAGACAGAGGUCAGGGGUCAAGCCUCUUGACAAUAUCUCACAGAAUUCCAUGCCAUCGCACCUCCACCACUGUGGCAGACUUACCAGGUGCUACUGUAAAUAACAUUGUUCCCCAAGAAAACUACACUUGAUUGUUGAAUGAAAAUCUCUGCAUCAGCUAUGACAGUGUAUCUUAUUCACUCCAAAUGUAAUAUGAAUCUUGUUAACCUUCACUGUAACACACAAAUUGAGUGAAAAGAGAAUUCAAUGAAAUUACAAUGAAAUCCAUGCAACACUGAAACUCACAAGUUACAAAGCUUUCACACAACAGCCUCACACAAACAAAAAUAUACAACUACGUCUCUGACAGAAUUUUUACAGCUGUAAAAACACAAGUCUGCUUUAAUUAAAAAGAAUUGUGUAAUAAUUUAUAUUCAUAACAAAUGUACGUCAUUAAAGUUUAUUCAGCAGUGAAAAAUGUGCUAUUAUCAGCUUAUAAAAUACACUUUAGUGAUUCUGUUUGCGUCUUGGCAAAUAUACACAAUGAAGUUAAAAUGUCAUCGAAUUAAUGUACUGUACUUAUGUUCUUGAACAUCUCUAAUGCUGUGAAUUGAUGUUAUGGCAUUUAUUAUACAAAAAGUGCUGUUCUUAUCUGUGAACUUUAACUGAUUGUACAUUAUAUUAAUAG